UCAAAUCUCACUUCCUCACCCAAUGCAGCCUUAUCGACAGCAACCACAUGCACUCUUCAAGGGGGGUUUGAGCUGCCUGGAUUCACGUCUGAUGGAUCCUUCACUAUUGGAGGAAUUUUCCCCAUGCAUUACAGAGUGGAACUUCCGCACACAGACUUUAAAAUACCACCUGUUUCUGCCCAGUGCAGAGGGUUUGACCCACGUGCCUUCCGCUGGGCCUUAACCAUGAGGCUGGCUGUGGAGGAGAUCAACAACAGCAAAGAUUUACUACCCAACCACACACUGGGCUAUAAGAUCUUUGACUCCUGUGCCACGCCAGUGACAGCACAGAGAGCUGUUCUUGCAGUGCUGAAUGGAGAAGACAGUAGAGAGAAUACAAUGUGUUCUGGUACCAGUCCUCUUCUAGCUAUAAUUGGGGAAUCUGGGUCAUCACAGUCCAUUGUAGUGUCCAGAACACUUCAACCUUUCAGAAUUCCAAUGAUCAGUUAUUUUUCGACUUGCUCUUGUCUGAGUGAUAGGACACAGUUCCCCACAUUUUUUAGAGUUGUGCCAAGUGACGAUUACCAGGUAAAAGCUGUUGCUCAGCUUCUGAAAUACUUUGGUUGGACAUGGAUCGGUGUGGUGACAGAGGAUCAUGAUUAUGGCAGAUUUGCGUUGCAAGGCUUAAAAAAGGAAAUAGAAAAUACUGACAUCUGUCUGGCCUACCAUGAAAUGAUCCCCAAAGACUACACCACAGAGAGAGUUCUUGAAAUACUUGAGGUGAUGAGAAGUUCCACUGCUCGAGUAGUGAUAGUGUUCUCAGGUGAGGGGGAAUUUUAUCCUUUUCUGAAAGAGUUCAGGAAACAGAACAUCACAGGGAUCCAGUGGAUUGCAAGUGAGGCGUGGGUCUCUGCCUCUGUGCUGGCUGAGACGUAUCCUUUCUUGGAUGGCACUAUUGGUUUUGCUGUCCGCAAGGGUCAUGUCCCAGAUCUGAGAGAUUACCUGAUGACAGUGGAUCCAUGGCCUGGAAAUACCCAGUUGCCACCCUGUACAGGGCAUGAGAUUAUUAAGGAGCAGCACUCUGCCUACAUGAACACCACAAGCCCUCGUGUUGCAUAUAAUGUGUACAAAGGUGUAUACGCUAUUGCUCAAUCCCUACACAACCUUAUACAAUGCACUCCAGGCCAUGGCCCAUUCUUCAAUGCAUCAUGUGCUGAUAUCAAUAACAUCCAUCCAUGGCAGCUUCAGCACUAUCUUCAAGAAGUCUCUUUCUUCAUCUCUGAAGAAAAAGUAAACUUUGAUAUGAAAGGGGAUUCUAUUCCAUCAUAUGAUCUCAUAAACUGGCAGAGGGAUGCGAAUGGAGAGAUUCAGUUUGUGUCAGUGGGUCUGUAUGAUGGAGCAAAGGGUGCUGGGAAUGAGCUCAUUAUUGAUAAGGAGACAAUCAUGCUGGUGUCUGUGUGUAGCGACAGCUGCCCUCCAGGAUCCCGGAAGGCUGUCCGUCCUGGGGAGCCUCUAUGCUGCUUUGACUGUGUACCAUGUGACAGUGGCAAGAUUAGCAAUGAGACAGAUUCAAUAGACUGCAUGUCCUGUCCUGAAGACUUUUGGUCAGAUGCUGAGGGAACCCACUGCAUACCCAAAGUUGUUGAGUUUCUUUCCCAUGAUGCAAUGGGAGUGACUUUGACAGUGAUAGCAGUCGUAGGUGCCUGUCUCACGAUUUCUGUUCUAGCAGUAUUCCUCUAUCACAGAAAUACUCCCAUUGUCCGUGUGAACAACUCCGAACUGAGUUUCUUCAUCCUAUUGUCUCUUACUCUGUGUUUCCUGUGUGCACUGGUGUUUAUCGGAGAGCCUACAGACUGGUCCUGCAUGCUGCGCCACACUGCCUUCAGCAUCACAUUCUCCCUAUGUAUCUCAUGCAUCCUGGGCAAGACCUUAGUAGUCCUUGCUGCUUUCACAGCCACUCGGCCUGGUAACAACAUAAUGAAGUGGCUGGGGCCGAGGCAACAGAGAGUCAUCAUCUUCUCCUGUACUCUGGUUCAGGUGAUAAUCUGUGCUGCCUGGCUUAUUGCUGCUCCCCCUUUUCCCUCGAGAAACACUCAGUACCAGCGCUCCAAAAUUAUCCUGGAGUGUAGCGUGGGCUCUGAUUUGGCUUUCUGGUGUGUUCUGGGGUAUAUUGGACUACUGGCCUGUCUGUGUUUUGUGCUGGCCUUCUUGGCCCGGAAGCUCCCUGGAAACUUUAAUGAGGCAAAGUUCAUCACUUUUAGCAUGCUGAUUUUCUGUGCUGUUUGGUUAGCCUUUGUCCCAGCCUAUGUUAGCUCACCUGGAAAGUUCACUGUCGCUGUGGAGAUUUUUGCCAUUUUGGCAUCCAGUUUUGGCCUACUACUGUGCUUAUUUGCACCAAAGUGUUACAUUAUCUUGGUAAAACCAGAGAAGAACACUAAGAAUCACUUGAUGGGGAAAGAAAAGUAA